AUGGUGGAUGGUAUAGUAGGGUUUCUCUCCCGACUGAGCCUGGUGCCAGAAGACGGCCUUGCAGAAACUGCAGAAUUCUGCAGGAAAGAUGUGGAGGAAUGGAUUGAGAUCGAGACUAAUGAGCUUGUGGCAGAAGCUUCUAUUAGUGGUGCCUGCGGUUCAAUACAUUAUGGUGGAGAGCUACAGAAUCAGUCUGGCAGUGAUGCUAUGAUGGAUGAUUGUGUGGCAGAAGACGAGUGUGAAAUUACGGAGAGGCGGGCCGUACCGAGUGCUGUAGUGCUAGCAAGGUUGUUUAAAUCUUUGGAGAGUCUGGGUGUGGAGUGCGAUGUGAGCAAUGACUUUUCGCACUUGAGGUCCGCAAAACGAGCUUUUCUAGAUGUAGGAGAGACUCAAGACCUUGGGUCGUCUUUACUGGGGACAUGA